CAUUGACAACAUUAAGAAGGCCAAAGUUGCUAUUAAGAAGAUAUCGCCGUUCGAGCACCAGACGUACUGUCAACGGACGCUAAGGGAAAUCAAAAUCCUCACACGGUUUAAACACGAAAAUAUAAUCGACAUUCGGGAUAUAUUAAGAGCGGACAGUAUUGACCAAAUGAAAGAUGUCUACAUCGUACAAUGCUUAAUGGAAACGGACCUCUACAAACUAUUAAAAACACAGAAAUUAAGUAACGAUCAUAUUUGUUACUUCCUGUAUCAAAUCCUGCGAGGGCUCAAGUACAUCCACUCGGCGAACGUGUUGCACAGGGAUCUUAAACCCUCAAAUCUUCUGCUCAACACCACAUGUGAUUUAAAGAUAUGUGACUUCGGGCUGGCGCGAGUUGCAGACCCUGAUCACGACCACACUGGCUUCUUGACGGAGUACGUGGCGACGCGCUGGUACCGCGCACCGGAAAUCAUGCUCAACUCUAAGGGUUACACUAAGUCAAUAGACAUAUGGUCAGUGGGUUGCAUCCUCGCCGAGAUGCUGUCUAACCGACCGAUAUUCCCCGGGAAGCAUUACCUGGAUCAGCUUAAUCACAUUCUCGGCGUACUCGGCUCGCCCAGCCCCGAGGAUCUUGAUUGCAUCAUCAACGAGAAGGCUCGCGGCUACCUGGAGUCACUGCCGUUCAAGCCGCGCGUACCUUGGGCGGAGCUGUUCCCGGGAGCGGAUGCGCGUGCCCUCGACCUGCUGCACCGCAUGCUCACCUUCAAUCCUCACAAGCGCAUCACCGUCGAAGAGGCUCUCGCGCACCCCUACCUCGAGCAGUACUAUGACCCGAACGAUGAGCCGGUGGCAGAGGAGCCGUUCAGAUUUGCGAUGGAACUGGACGAUCUCCCAAAGGAGACCCUCAAGAGGUACAUCUUCGAGGAAACGCUACUGUUUAAACAGCAAAAUGAAGGCGCGUAGACGUGGCCGCCCCCCGGCCCGCGCCCCGCUUUGCGUCAUCAACAGCUCACAGAGGGGUAAAGUGCAGUCUGAAUGCAAAAUCGUAUAACUCGUAUAGUAUGAGCACUUAAUGCAAGCGUUACUCGUAUAAAAUAUGCGGAUUUUACUUUUUUCUAACAUAUUAAUUUAAUUUUUAGCAGCAUAUUUGAAUCCUUUUGUUUAUGAAAAACCAGCAGAUCGCCGCGAAUACCUCUGCUUUUUGAGAUAAAGACUCCUCGGUUCUCAUGAUACAAUCUAUCACAUUAAAUUUUAAUAAGAUCUGUCAGCCGUUUAAUAGGUAAAAUGUAACAAAGAGACGAGAUAACAUUUUGCGUUUAAAUUAUUGACAACCUUCAAAUCUGUUAUAGCUAUUGAAGUGUAUUGUUACAUUCUUUCCAAAUAAAAUAAUAUCUUGAAAAGGAUACAGUUCAAUAACUAAAAUAGGUUUAAUGGUAAUGUUAUAAAUGUGAAUGUGAGUGAGGACCACGGAUCUUACAGUCAACAAAAUGUUUUAAAAAGUAUAAUAAUAAAGUAUUCACGAUGAAAGAAACAUCUGCAAUUUCUCUACCCAAUAAUAUGUUCCAAUAACGCGUACGAAGUCCUAUUUUACACGAAAUUUAAUAUGAUACAUACAAAAAUGAACAAAAAACUUGUGUGGACAUGUUUUUAACCUUUAUGCACGGCGUACUUGCGUGAUCACUAUGUAUAGUUGAGUCAGAAAU